ACGUCCCGAGCACGAGCUCGUCAACCCCUGACUCCGUCCGCGCUCCCACUCCCGGCUUCCAUUCCGAAUUCCGAUUCCUACCGCUCCUCCCGUGCUUACUGCCCGACGAUGCCAAAACCCUAGCGCGAACCCCUCCUCCUCGUCCUAUUCCUGGAGACGCACCAGCCAUGGCGGAGCCGGCCCUCCUGGGCACCUCCCCCUUCGACCUCCGCCACUACCCGGCCCACCUCUUCGACCCGGACCUCCCCCUCGCCGGCGGUCUCCCGCUGUGCGAGUUCGACGGCGAUGGCCUCGACUUCGACCUGCCCGUCGAUUUCUCUGUCGACGACUUCCUCCUCCGGUCCCCUGACCGCGUUGACGACGAGUCCGGCGAGGGCUCCGCCGCUGGAUCCGACCCCACCGCCUCCUCCCCCGCGUCCCCUACCACCUCCGCCGCCAACUCCGCCGUGGCCAACGGCGACCGCGAGUUGAAGCACGAGGAUUCAGACGAGGGGAGGAGCGGCGGCGCCCCGAAUUGGAGCCUCAAGCGGAAGCAGGCGAGUCCUGGAGCGAACUCGGAUGGGGCCAAGUGCCGCCGAUCUGGCUAUGGCGAACUUUCCCAGAUUGCAUCAGCGUCGGCUUCGGCGUCACGGGCCGCCGCGGAGGACUCCAACGAUAGAGGCGCUGUUGGCGAGGAAGAGGACAAGCGCCACGCGGCGCGGCUGGUGCGGAACCGCGAGAGCGCACAGCUGUCGCGGCAGAGGAAGAAGCGGUACGUCGAGGAGCUAGAACAGAAGGUGAAGUCAAUGCACUCGGCGAUUAAUGACCUCAAUUGUAAGAUCUCCUUCGUCAUGGCCGAGAACGCCACACUGAGGCAGCAGCUCGGUAGCGGCGGGGGGAAUUGCCCGCCACCUGGGGUGGUGUAUCCACCGGCGCUGUUGCCUGGCAUGCAUUUCCCGUGGGUUCCUGGGUAUGCACCGCGGCCUCAUGGUUCCCAUGUUCCACUUGUGCCAAUCCCGCGGUUGAAGCCACAGCAGACAGCGGCUACAGCCAAGUUAUCAAAGAAACCAGAGACCAAGAAGGCUGUGGAGAACAAGAGUAAGACCAGGACCAAGAAGGUGGUAAGUGUUAGCCUUCUUGGUUUGCUGUUCGUUGCACUUGUCUUUGGAGCUUUUGUUCCGGGGUUCAAUCAUAGUUUUGGAAUGAGAGGCAGGAGCGACAAUGCGAUGUUUAGAAAUUUUGGUCAUUCUGACGCUAGAGUGUUUAGUGUCACUAACCAUGGUAAAGGACCUAAAGGCGGUUUAAACAGUAGCGAAAUGAUCAAUAGUGAUCCUGGAAUGAUGACGGGGAACACUGAUGGAGCAAGGCAGAAGCAUCGGCCUGCACAUAACUCUAGUGAGAGUUUGCCUGCUUUGUUGUAUGUGCCGAGGAAUGGAAAGCAUGUUAAGAUCAUCGGAAAUUUGAUUAUUCAUUCUGUGCUUGCAAGUGAGAAAGCGGUGGCACAUAGGGCCUCAAAGGGUAAUGUUGAUCAGUCAGGUAAAGAUCAUAAAGAGACUAGUGUUGCAAUAUCUCGUUACCUGUCACUGCCUGGAAAGGAUGUGCAUCCACAGGAGACUUCCCCGGCAGAUGGGCCACUGCCACAGUGGUUUCGUGAAGGAAUGGCAGGACCGAUAUUGAACUCGGGAAUGUGCAGUGAGGUAUUCCAGUUUGAUAUUUCUGCAGCUGGCAAUUCUGGUGGCAUUAUACCUGCUUCUCCAACUGUGAACUCCUCGAGUGUUAAUGCUACCCAGAAAAUUCCAACGCCUGCUCCUGCUUAUGGUGGCAAGCUGAAAAACAGGAGGAUCAUGUAUAAUGAAGCAAUUCCACUCACUGGAAAAAUGGUGGACAACACGAAGCCUUUUAACAGAACUUCUGAAAGCAGCAAAUUGCCUAAUAGUAAGGCAGCAUCAUCAAUUGUCUCUGUGCUAGCUGAUCCCAGGGAGGCUGGCAAUGGGGACGGUGAUCCGAGAAUAUCUCCGAAACCCCUCUCUAGGAUAUUUGUUGUUGUUCUUCUUGAUGGUGUCAGAUAUGUCACUUACUCCUGCACACUUCCUUUCAAGAGUGCCAGCCCCCACCUUGUGAACUAAACCAUGGGGCCAGUGCAGUGUUCUGGUGCUUGAGUAGCUAGGUAGUUCGCGGAAUCUGACGGAUGAUAGAUGAAUACAAUCAUCCGGUGAUGUUUGCUAACAAAGGACUAGACUUCAUAUACACUCGGCCUGAGGUAAUUUGAAUCUGUCGAAGGUUUGAAGUGGUGGCUAGCGAAAUGUGGUUCUGCAAGUUCGGUUUCUAGCGCAUGCAGUUUGAGCCGCUGUGACAGUCGGGUUCUUACACUGUACCUCGUGCUGUAACGUUGGUGUAAUCUUGUAAUACCGUUUGAUUGCCGGAGCUGUAACAGUUGCUGAGGGGAGACAAGAACUCUUAAAUCAAUAUAUAAGAUGCUUCCAAUUUCCAAA